AGGACCUCAAAGAGUACGACAAGGAUUACAGAACUGUACUUCAACAUUGUAUCUGUAUCUGACAAUUUCUAUCUCUAUGAUGUAAGUUCGUUUUCUUAAUACGAUGUUCUAUUUCUUUACUUAGAUAGCGCCUCAACUCGAACUCCAUCCACACACCUUAGCUAACCCGCAGUCUUCAAUUCGCUGUACGAAAUAAACUUGAAUUUCCGCCCUGUUCUAUUGAGAAGUACUUGAUGACAAACUUCUACCGAAGAGGUUAAGGUUAGCGAAGAACUACAGUAGGGUUUUCAGAAGAUUCAAGCAAGUAGAGUAAAAAGUUUUAGACCAAGAAGAAAUCGGAGUAGACACAAGAGCAUCAAACUUUUGGGGAAACAAUAAAAGGGAGGCAGCAAGUGUCUACUUUUACACCACCUAAGACUUUUCUUUACGACAAAACAACUUUACAACUUCUAAGGUAUUAGCAACAAAAAAAUCCCUGACGAAUUAGACUUGUUUACGCUUUUGCGACAAUCCAUCUGUCGCAGCAGUGUAAAUACCUGAUAUUUGUGGUUUUCAAUUUCUAUCAAAUUCAGAUUUUAAGUACUUUACUACUACUUUCUUUGUUCUAUUUCAAUACGACGCGCGUUUCGCUCUACGACACUAUUGUAACUUUAUUUCGACGAGACAAAGGAUAGCACAAAAAAAAACAUAAUGAUAGAAAAAAUUGAAGCUGUAGAAAUCCCCUGAAAGUACAAGCAGGACCGGAAUGCGGGGCACCACGGGACGCAACAUCAGAACAAGGCCCAGCCGGGUGCUGGCAAAUGUGGCGAGAGCCGCUAGUGCCACGGUUCUGUAUUUCCAGGCCGGAGAUGGAUUCUUAUCGUCUUUCACCGGGGGCUCAAAUAGAGCGACCGGCAACUACCUCUUUGCCCUCGCUGCCGGACCGCCACCAGAACUACAAUUUGACGAAGCGACUGCGAGCAGUGGUCGUCAGAACAACAGGCGUGCUCCGCCUGCCGGCGGGCCGUAUGAAGAUCCAGGUUACGAUCCGGAGGAACCCGGAGGGGAUUCGCAGGAGGUGCACCGGGGGCAAACCUCUCCGUCGCCAACAAGGAGCGAGUUCUCAGAGGGCGGGGCUGGACGAGGAGGUGAUCGGACGACCACGAGGACACCAACAGCGACAGCUCCUGCUGGCCACCGAGAAGUUGUCGUGCAACUAGAAAAUCAAAAGCCAACACAAGUUGCAGGAGCUGUAUCCCGUCACCACCACAACCCGCUGGCAACCUCAUCCGAAACGGUCGAACCGGGCAGCUCGCCCUCCCCGGCCGCUGCUGAGCAGGAUCAGGAACAUGAACCGGCACGUAUCGUGAGGAAAAACAGGGUCGUCCACAGCACCCCAGAGUUGUCAAGAUGGGAAAUCUGCUUUAGACAAAUGAUCAGCCAGCUUUGGCUGUUGAAUGCGCAUGACGAGUUUAUUUGCCUCGUAGUGUAAAAAUCCUGUUUAUUCGCUCGUUCAGCAGCAUGACAUGUUUAGCCUAUUAAUUAUGCUGAUGCUGAAGUUGGAGCAUUACAAUAAUUCCAAAACAGGACUAAAAGAUAACGCCUCUUAUGGGGCUCCACAUGAGAAGAAACAUUCUGAUCAUGCAGAUUAUUUGCAUGACAGCUAUGGGCUGCAGCUGGGGACGUCGUUUUUACACAGGAUAGCACGCUGGACAUCGAGAGAGGGGUCCUCGUGGACACCGUCGCGCUGGGCACGCGAAGAACGACGUCAAGAGGGGGCAACUACUGCUCCAGGAGCCACUGGAGGUUCUCGUACCAGAAGUUCUCGUACAGCACCCGCAGUAGGAGAUCUUGCACGACCAGGAACAUCAGAUACACCAGGGGACAAUAACUCCGAGGAACUUCAGGUCGCUCCGCGGGCUUCCUGGGCUUCUAGUGGCGAGCGGGAAUCCUUCAAUCCGCACUUGGCUGCCGAGCAUUUGACACAAAGGACGAUUGAAGCGGCCUUGGGCUUCGAGAAUCGAUCCAUUGCCAGUGAGGUGCUGGGAGAAGUUGAAGAUCAAGAUGCGGGAGCUGCUGCAGCGCCUCCGCCUGCCGAUGAAAGAACUACAACAAGAAGCGGUUCUUUACAACAUCACGGCGAGCAGCUGCAAACCCUUCCGGCAGACGAGCACCAGGCAGGCGGACCUGCUAGGAGCAACACCCCCGAUCUUAGCCGUGGUAGUACUGCUGCAGGAGUAGUUCUUGCCGAUGAUGGAGGUUCUGCAGGUGCAGUUUAUGCCAAUUCUGAUGGAGUAAUCUCGUCUGAUCCUGGCACGGACCAAGCGGAGAUUAGAACGUUGCAGAGUACUAGUAGUUCUACUGCUCAUGGCUCCGGUUCGGCAGCUGGUGGAACAUAUCCUGUGCAAAAGUAUCGUACUCGUAUUGCAAUCAUGCAUUACAAAUUUUUUUCUCAAGGCAGAUCUGCAUUACAGAUUUUAUUUCUCAUGCUGAGGGAAUUUGUAAUGCAUUUAUUUUUAUACGAUUACGAUACUUUUGCAGUUCAUAGUGGAACAGCGGGUAGAUCAUUUGCAUCAAGAACCGGUGGAAAUGCUUCUCGCGGUUCACAACGACAUGAACAACUACAUCAAGAUGAAGCUCCAGACGUAUAUAAUGAAGAUCCACCUUUUCCAGAUUUCCGACCCAAGCCGGAGACCAGCUUUGCCCCGCAUUUGCGGGAAUUCAGGCAAGUGUUCGGGGAGCUAGACACAGAAGCGCCGCGACGGGAUGAAGAGGAAAAUCGUGGAACAGUUCUCGAAAAUCCUAAUCUGUCGGUUACUGCUACUGAGCUAGGACUGGAAGAUGGCGAUGGGCGGCAAACUGUACCUCCUCCUUCACGAGGGCAGCAGGAGGAGCCGCACGAGGAUCAUGUGAAUCUCCGGACCAGCAGCUCGGAGCAGCAGGCACCAUUACGCUUGGUUGACGCACCGGACCUGAGGCGAGACAUUCGCUACGCGUACGCCCCCGAUCAUGCGGCAAAUGAGGAAAGAACGCCAUCAAAUCCUUUUUCCGCUUCCAACCUUCCCGCAAGCGCAAGACGAGAUCCGCCACCUCCCAUGCCUUCUACCCUCGGCGACCGCACGACCAGCGGAGAAACUGCAACGGUUUCUGGGUCUUUUGGUCCUACAACUACAGGAGGUUCUUCCAGUGUAACUUUUGCAGCAGGAGGGGGCACAGCAGGUGGCACUAGCAGUACCGGUGCUCGACGUGUGGCAGAAGUUGUUCCCAGCCAAGCCAGCACCGCUCCUUCGGCGGGACAGCAGGGAGGUCGGUCGAAGCUUAAACAGGAUGUCGAAGUGGAACAGCGGCAAAAAGUACAGAUUUCGACGGCGUCUCAGGAGGCUGCAGCUGCAGCUUCUUCUUCUCCCCCUCCUGCUGCUGAUGACACAGUGUCGGUUCCCCGGUUUACAGCGGAAGAAAAGGCAGAGAAGAUGAUGAUGACCCCCGAAGGUUCUUCUGGCAGUGAGGAAAAACAUGAACAGCGCGGUAGUUUUUUGUCGCCUUUUAUGCAUUGCAAAAGUAUCGUACUAGUAUGAAUCGCAAUACAAAUUUUCCCAGAAGGAAAAAUGGAAUUUGUAAUGCUGAUUUCGCUAAGAAACAAGAUUUGUCAUGCAUGGUUGCAAUUAGUACGUGUACGAUACUUUUGCACAGGAUACCUUUUUUGGGCGAGCAAUUACCCGAUCAAUUUCUACCGCUAGGAGGACAAACAGCUGUGGGAGCAGAAGCGCAGAAGCCUACUUCGCGGGUGGCCAACAUUUUCCCCACCGAUUUCCAGCAGGGGGGAAGCAGUAGCAGCUCCUCAGCACGACCGCAGACCGGAGCAGGCGCCGCGGUCCUACAAGGACAAGUCGAGCCUCUACACGACAACGACCUCCCUCCAGUCGUUGCUGGCGUUCGCACUUACGAUCCGGAGAUGUUGGAACAGCAGCGAGUUUUGCUCGAGAGUUAUCGGGCACAACGUGAACAAGUGGAGCGAGAUUUGCUCCUGCGUUCUACUUCCGCGGAUGUUGAUGCACGUCAAACAGGUAGAAGUACUUCUUCUAGCCGAGAUGAUGUUGAAGCUGCUGCUGCUAAAGCGAAAAUAAUUCCUGCUGCUUUUCCUAAAACUUCUGCUGCCGCAAGUCAACAGCCACAACUUCCCCUUGUCCAACGGCAGCAGCAGCCCCGUGGUCCCACCGGCACCGUGGCACCAGCUGCCGCCCCUCCUUCUGCUUCCCGAUCCCGGGAAACUUUUUUUACGAGCCCAGCAGGAAGUCCGCCGUUGUCCCCUGGAGCAGAUAAUCGUGGUCUGCACCGAGACGAGUCCGUUGCCAGCUCGUUGCACCGGCGCUCCAUGACCGAGUUAACCACGUUUGCGGCGCACGGUUCGAACAGUGGUGAUAACGAUUACCACGAGGACAGUACGUGGAGCGACGAAACCCCCGGCGGGCAGGUUUUGACGAAUGGCGGGGGUGGGGGUGGGCACACGACCAUCGCAGCAGGAGGCGGUGGUGGGGAUUCUUACGUCGGGGAACAACAGGAUAUAUCAGAUACCACCCCCGGAGCGGCCACGGCCACCACGUUUGCAGGGACGACCGCGGGGCGAGCGGGCUCGGUUUCGGGAGGUCCGUCGUUUUGUUUAGGUAGUGUUGGAGAUCAACAUGAAGGGUGUAGUGUCCUCGUCCCAAGAGCAGGUCAACAAGAACAGCAACAUCUGUCUGUGAUAGCAGAACAACAUGCUGCUUCACCCACCAGCAGCGCAGCUGCGCCCGCGGUCGUGGUUCAAGAUGGUGCACAUCCGUUCAUCUCUUCAAGGGGGUCCUCAAAUGCCGAUGGGGAGACCGUGGUUUCAUUUCAGGCUGUAGAGGAGGAGCGGCCAGCACAAAUCAGACCACUGGAAGAAGUGCCGGGAGCUGCUGCAGAAGAAGAAGUGCGGCCUCAGGUGGGAGUCGGUGGAGAUGAACCUCAAGAACCUGACCGUACUGCACAGACCGCGACGAGUAGACCACUGCUUCCUAUGCGAAGCCUUCCCCGAGCAGCAGGAGCUUCUCCCAGCCGCGAAGCUGGGUUCCCUACUGGUGGUAGAAGUGGUGCAGCAGAAGAUCAUACUGGGAUCCGCCCAGGAGAUGUUGGUGAUAUAGGAGUUAGCGGCCACGACACCGGCCCAUCUACUUCUGCUGCAUCACCUCCAGCGCGCGCCCCUUCUCGCGCAGGGUCUGCCCCUUCUCGCGCAGGGUCUGCUUCUCCCGAUUCGCGCCCCCCGACCACCACUUCUCGUCGACAUCCCCGCGGCGGCGGGCCCCCGAGCCGAGGGCCCACAAGUCCUCCUCCGCCCCCGUCCAGCGCGGGCGGUGAAAAGGAACAGGGGUUGUACCGACGAGGAGCUGGACAAACGCUACAGCACGACGACGGUGCGGACACAGCGGUCCCGCCCGACAGCGACGGGGACGAGCUUGCUUUCAACGACGCUGAAGAUGGAGUAGCUUCCAGCCUGCAUCCCAGCUCCUACCACGGACGCAGCUUCGGACGGCAUGUGACCGACGCCCCGAGUAUCCAGGAAAAAACACCCAUCCACAUCGAAUUUGUCAUGCAAAACACCUAUAAGACCCUUUGUUUGUCAUGCAAAAAAUGGAUGUGGAUGGGUUUUUUUCUGUGGAUACCGAGCUCCGCUGGUGCGAGAACGACCGGUGCAGGAGGUGGAGACAGGCGGUCGUCGCAGCACCGACGAGGAAGUAGUGCUAAUGCUGGACAGCAACAAGCACUGCACGGGGCUGGAGGUACAGGUACAACUUUUACGCCCAUACCAGAAGUGCCGGGAACUACUACACCUGCUGCAGCGCCGGUCUUUGGGCAGCAGCUGCACCCUGGAACGUCUUUGACCUCGGACCGGCGUGUCAGCGGCCACCCCCCGCGAGACGCACUCGGUCGCCGGCCUCGCUACACCGGUGUCCUGCCCACGGGUACUGCCGCAGCCAGCAGUGCCACAGGAAGCACUGCGGCUACAUUGCCAGCACCGCAACUAUUGUAUCAAGGACAACAAGAACCACGACCUGCGGCAGGAGGACAACAACAAGAACGACAACACGGGAGGACGAUGAAUCCUGCUCGAGAUGUGGAGACGAGCUCCAGAGGGGGCGAGGCAGAGGCUGCGUCCUCGAUCGGGGACCAGGGUGCAGCCGGUCUAAAUUUGGAAAAUAUCCUUGGUAACUACCCAAUGGCGGAGGAUUCGGAGGCGGAAGAAGGGGAGGACCGGGACAUAAUUACUGAGGACCCAACAAGUGAUGAGCCUGUUCCUGAAGAUCACCUUGAGGAAGGUCAAGAAGGGCCUCAGUCACUAGGUCCACAUCAUCUUCCACCCGGGGCGGGCAACAUUGUUGGCGGUGCCAAUUCUUCUCGUCCGGGAUCUUUCUCAGCAGGUGGGGGACGAGAUGUUGAGCCAGGAACCGAAUCCAGCACAAGGAACUUAGUGUCCGGCGGAGGCACCGGUGGUGCUCCAGCCGAAGGAGAUGAAGUAGAAGGGCCACAGCAGGACGAGCACGCGCGAAACUCAGCCUCACCAGCCGGAACUACCACAGGGGCUGCUUUAAGAACUCCUUCCGGCGCACAAGCUGCUGGCCAUCAACUCGACCAUGCUGCUCCUGGUGCCCAAGAAGACGAGAGUACGCAAGGAACUACCUCAAACGUCGUGGGGUCCGCAUUUCCCGCCGGUGAACUUGAUUUUGACAGACUUGUCACGCCGGGAACGGUGGUAGUACCCACGACAGCGCAGCUCGAGGAACAACAACGAGGAGUCCAGGCGACAACAAUUCCUGCGACAGCAGGUGCUGCCACCUCCUCGAGGACGAAAGCAAGAUCGAGGCAAACUACAAGCGGAACUCCUGCAGCAGCUGGUGUGCCAGCUGCACUAGGACCUCCACAUCAGUCCUCCACGUUGAAUCCAAAAACCCUCGACACGCUGCAGAGGGAGCUGCAGCCGGACGUGUUUGCUCCUCGUCCACACCGCACCAGCAGCCCAAACACCAGUGUCCGCGGCGGUGCGAUAAAAACGCCGGAUCAGCAGCAGAGGGAGCAGCAGCUGAUUCAGGACAGGCGACUCGCCAGGUUCAGGCAAGAAUGGGAAGAGAACAAUACCACCACCGGGGGCGCCCAAGUCGACAUGGUGGAAGCAGCUGCAGCGGCGGCGCAACAACAAGCCGUGCAGGACCAUGAGCAGCAGCUUGUGGACAGAAGGAUCCUGGACAACGUGGCAGCGUUGCAGGAACAAUUUCCUUUUGACCCCGUAACCACCCCGGAGGUGCUCGCCGCGCGAGCCGCCGAGAAUCCUGCCUCUUUUGGAAAGCCGGUCGGGGUGCUGCUCUCCUUAUCAACUGUAAAAAUGUCUGGGUCUGGAAACUUGUGAUGCUGGUUGGCGUAUCAUGAGGCGGCCACAAGUGCUGGCUCAGCAUGACAAGUUUCUGAGCUUUGAGGUGUUGCCUAGUGUGCAUGACAAACUGCGUUUCUGCAUGACAAAAAAACGAGGCUCUUGGGUAACGUGCAUGACAGACUUUGGGGUCAUGCUGGCAGAGCAUGUCAGACCUUCCAUUCUUCCAGACCCAGACAUUUUUACAAUCCAUACUCCUCCCAUGAUGGCGGAAGACGCUCGCGACGAGAAAUGCCCCGCGAGGACCACGCGAACAAACCUUACAACCAGGAUAUUGCAAGGAAAAAUCCCCCCUCGUCCCCAUAUUGAAAACAUGUCGGUCCGAAAAUUUGUGAUGCAGAUUUGUGACCACAAAUCCUGCCCGAAGGCAAAUGAUCCAGAGAGUCCGCUGCGAUAUGCAGGCGGUUUGUAAUGCUGCAAGGCCUACAGGGCAGACGUCUGCCAUCGACUAGGCCCCUACACCAAAAGGGCGGGCCCCCCUUGGGCUUGCGAUCUGUGUGCAAUGCUUUCCUGCAAGACAAAUGUGAUUUGUGUACACAAAUCCCGCAUCACAGAUUUCCGUUUUGAUAUGGGGAAGGGGGGUUUUUCAUUGUGAUACAGGAGAGCCAAAGUUUUCCGCGGGUUCUCAGCCUCGCGCGGGUGGGUGCUGCUUAUCAACUGUAAAAAUGUCUGGGUCUGGAAAGGUUGGAACUUGUGAUGCUAACUUUAGACUCUAGAAAAAUCUGUAUUGCAUGACCAGCAAGAGGAGUGCAGAUUCUGCUAUGCGGGGAGGCCAUUUGUCAUGCGGAAUAGGCAUCAAUAAGCACUCGGAAAAUCUGUGAUGCCAGGGAAUACAUCACAGACGUCACGGGUCAUGUAAAAUCUGCAUGACAAGUUCGGAUCCUUCCAGACCCAGACAUUUUUACAUUGGAUACUGCCGGCGCCGCCGGCGGGGGAGGAGCAGGAGAGGGGUCCGGUGAGGAUCAUGCUGAGGCAGGACUACAACAAGAGCUGCAACAGCAGCACAAUAGACUAGAACAAGAUCAUGCCGCUGCGCCACAGCCACAACCGCUCGCCGGCGCAGCCGCUCCGGUUCUUCUCGCGGGGCAACAACAACAGCAAGGCCGGACUUCAAUGGGCAGUGGUCCACUUUCGGAAGGUAUCAACCCAGCAGCGGGGGAACUACAACAACCAGAGCUGCAGCCGCCGCCCGGCUUCAAACAUGCCGCGCUGGUGCCACCACCGCGCACAGGCAGCGGGCGACAAACUCCUACUUCUUCUAGCAGGGAUAUGGAUGUGUCAGGAUCGAAAUUAUCGACAAAGUUGAAAUAACUUGUAAUGCAUAAAAUGGAUGUUGAAAGUUGUAACCCAGAUUCCAAGUGGCGCAUGACAAAUUUGGUUAGAACCGAAAUCCAGUCUGUCAUGCUGUUUGGGUAAGGAAGACGCCUUGCGUCAUGCUAGUUUCGCACCUCCGUUUCUACUCCUCAACAGGCUUUUUACAGUCUGCCUCACUCGCCUACUCUGCAAGACAGGCGCUCUGUGGGCUGCAUUUCAUGCAUGACAAACUAUUUCAACUUUAACGAUUUCAAUCCUGACACCUCCAUAAGGGAUCACGUUGCUGCACAGCCUGGCGGUGCUAUUUCUCUCCCAUCCCGCCCACCCACGCCAGAAGCGGUCACGCUCCGACAGCGGAUGCCCCCAGAAGAAAUUGAAACGUACAGACAGCUUCAAAGAGCCGGCGCGGGUAGUAGAAGAACUCGGGACCCGGCUUUUUCCCCGAUCGAGGAGGCCGACCAGGCUCCUUCGACGCGCAACGCAACACCGGACCAUUCGGAAGCUUACGCGUCCGCGCGCGGGGGCACGCCCGGCGGGGGUAGCACGGACGCGCAACGCGGAAUGGAUGCCGGAACGACAGGGGGAAAUACGCCGCUUCCAGGGGGCUUGGCGGGAGACGCAGGUGAAGCUGCUUGGGAAAGACUAUUAGAUUCUCUCAGGAACCACAACGACCUCCAGGGACUACAGCAAAGUGAAAUUUUUAUUUUGUUUUCUAGUCUCAUUCUGACAAAAUUUUGCGAUAUAUGGAAAUGGAUUUGAACCAGUUUAGACCUCAAGUUUAGUCAGAUGAAUCUGAAUGAUGUAGAAAUGAAGUAGAAGUUUUAAUAAAUUUCGAGCACUAUAAUUAGAGAGAAAGACACGAAGAUGUAGUGACAUUUUGCACGACAAACACCACAGGCCAACCGGGUGUCGCGGCUCCCGGAGGACAGCAGCCGCCACCCUUCGUUAUGCCACCCUUCGUUAUGGGCGGUAGUCCAACGGCGCCGCCAGGUGAUGUGGGAGGUAGAAUGUUCUUUGACCAGCCGUACGCAUUACAAAUAUAUGUGUCUGGGUGCUCUGGAAGAAUGCAUUGCAAGGUUUGUGAUGCUUGUCUGGCAUGACUGAAGAAUUUGUGAUGCGUGUCCAAGAAGAGACCCCUUUGCAGCUUGUCAUGCAAAAAAAAAAGAUAGCGCAGCGUGUGCGUGUCAUGCGAGAAGCGCAACACUAAGCAGCGCAGAUACAACUUCUCAUGUUGCUUGGCUGUGAACAAUUGCAGUUGCUUUCACUAUUCACAAGAACUCAGCAUUACAAGUUUCCAGACAUCCAGACAUAUUUGCAAUGCAUACGCCGCCGCCUGCUAUUCUCGCUCCGACGCCGAAGCGGGUAGCCACCGCUCUGAACGAGGCCGCGCCGGGGCUAUUGGAGGAAGACCAAGACACAGUAGAAGAUCGAGUUCCUGUCACUAUUUUGCCGCCGCACGACGACGACCUAGGCCGCGCGGCCGCAGGCCCAGCAGCAGGGGCUGGAUUUUUACAACAAGACGUCGGAGGUGGUCUACUUCCUCCUCUUCCGGGAGGUCGUGGCAAUUAUCCACCACCGCAGCAAGACCACCUUCAAGGCCACCGGCCACGCCCGAAAAGUGCCCCACCUGCAGGCGAUCGUGAUCCACUUGCGUGGACCCGAGAGAUGCCCCUGCCACCGCCGCUGCCGCGGUUCAGUCAGUUAUACUCAUCGGGCCGCCACCAGCAGCAGCAGCAAGAGCAACUACAGCGACCGCACUCUACUACUCCCCCCGCGUUUUAUUUCCCGGUUCCCGCACGGGGAGCAGGCGGCGCAGCUGCAUCGGCCCAAAAAGAUGCUGCAAAUCUACUUCCGGCGGCGCAUCAACUAAAGACCGUGAGUUUUAUUCCGGAAGAGCAGCCCAAGCUUCCGAUGCAGCAAGUGCCUUUCUCGCCGCAGUGGCAGGAGUUGCAACUGGCUCUGCAGCGGGAUGAGCUAAAAAUUGGCCCCGCGUUGCAACAGAAGGUUCUGCGUUACGUGCACGACCACGUGUUGCAACAGGCGGGUGCUGGGGCGUUUGCUCAAAAAAAAGGUUAUCAGGAGAUCCUCGACGACAGCCAGCUCUCUAACGGCGACGCGCCUGUUCCCCAGGACGACACGGUGGUUCAAGUUUUGAACCAAGUCCGCCACUUGAUAUGAAAUCGACAAAAGCAUCGCACUUACUAAGUAGUAGAAAAAGAAAUGAUCGCUAUCGCAUAUAAUACAAAUUUAUUUUCGCUCAGAAUUAGUAAUUAGAAAUGGAAUUUUUAGUGCGGGUUUACGUUUACCUUGAUGGUCGUGCACCAUGACUGCGAUCAUAAUUACUACGAGCACGAAUCCAUGAGUGCGAUGCUUUUGCAGUGCAUAGUUUACGAGUCUACGAGGCUCGUCGAGUCUCGGCGAUUUCGAUUGGCUCGAAAGGAUCCCCGGGAUACUCGGGAGCAGUACCGCGGGGUCGAGGCAGUCCAGUGCGGCCGGAUCCCACCGUGGUAGCUCGGCCGUCGGCGGGGCGACAGACAGUGACGACAUCGCGGAGAAGAGCCCGUUUCGAACCACGCGGCCGUUCAAGGAACUGAUGUUGUACCGGGAAUUCGUUCAUCGAAGUUCCCAAGCCGUGCUGGGGAAUUUGUUCACAAGCCAAGCCCGAGUGAUCAUUUCAGAACGGGACUACGAUACCAUCGCAAUCCUGCGCCGAAAAACGGCGUUCGGGCAGGCACAGAAGUAUUUUCAAAACGAAAUGGAAGAAGAGGGUCAAGACCAAAAUGGAGAGGAAAAUCAAAAUCCGCAAACAAGAAAUAAAUCUUCCUUCCCCACCGCCGAAUCGUUUAGCUCGCCGCCGAGGGGAGCAGGUACUCUUUCGCCCGAGCAAGAGCUGGGCGGAGAGCAAAGAGCUGCUGCUCAGGAUAGAAGUGCUAGUGCGUCCGUUUCGAGCGCAGCAGCCGCAGCACAAGCAGCAGGAGAUCCAGCAGCAGUAGAUCCAGCAGCAGCAGAUGCCGCAGUGGAGGAAAGACGGGAGAAACGCAAGCGAAACUGGCUUCUCGACCGGGAUAACGAAAAUGCGGUCGAGUAUUUGAUUUCCGUAAAGAAAGUUUUUGUCGGCCGAGGUCCUAGUACAACAGCAACUUCUCAGGGAGGUGGCACAAAUGAAGAUCUUCCUGCAGGAGCCGGGAUGAAUUCUAAAGCGAAACCGAAGUUCACCGGGGCAAGCCGGCCGCUGGGAUCUUCACCUUCCGAAGUAGACCAUGAUGUUGCAAGAACGCAAGAAGCAUCUAGAACUGCCGCAACGUCGGGUACUAGUUCUACUAGUGCUGGAGAACUACAACAAGCCUCUGGUGCAGAGACCUGGGUCGAAUUUGCGAUCCACAUCCCCGAUAUUGGUUUCUUUGAACCGGGACUACUACCUCUCUUCCGCGGGGAGCAGGAUACGGAUACAACAACUCGUCCGGCAGAUGAAGAUGAUAUCACAGGCUCAACGGAACAAGUAGAACAAGAACACCAACAGCAUCAACAUCAACAUCAACAAAACCCGCCUGUUAAAAAUUCCCAUCGGUCUUUGUCGGCUCUAGUAACCGACAGUUACGACAAGAACGUGCAGGCAGAGUUCCGCCGGAGCAUUCCGCUCUACCAUUUACGGAGACUGUUCGCGAUCAUGACCUUGGACAAUGUCAAGAAGACCCAUUUACCGUCCUCGGGUAGCAGCAGCUCCACACGUCGACAGGGACAUGGAGCUGCUGCUGCUGGUGCGCCGACAAGUCGAAGAUCAGGUCUUUCGAAACGGAGGUCAUCCUCCAAAAGAAAACUGCUAGUGGAAAGGCUGAAGCAACAAAAGCAGGAGGAAAAAGACGACAAUGACUUGGACAAAAACUCACCCCCAACGGAAAGCUACAUCUUGACCAACACACUGUUUUUCGAAGUGAGAAUUGCUCCACUUCAUCCAGUAGAUCAUGACCAGCAGGCCGCCGGUCAUGGGGACACCACCUCAGCAGGAGCUGCUGGUCCUUCCGCUGGUGCUGGCGGAGCUGUUCCGCGGGGUGUGCGCGCUUCCAACAUCCGGAACGUUCGGCUGGUACGGAAUACCGCGGUUCGGAAUGGGGCGCAGAUCGCAAUUGACCGAGAUUUGGUCUUCCCAUCGCGAACCAGUGCUAGUGGGACUAGGACGACAGGACAUGUUUCUUCGAAAGCGUCCUCGGCGGGAGGGGGAGCUGCAGCUACAGUGCGUCACAAUACUAUCAGCCCCGGAAGUGCUGCUGGUGCAACUUUGCAGAUGAAUGUCAGUCCCGGGUCGUCUGCCGCCGGCGGAAGAUCGUCUAGCGCAGGAGCAUCAUCUUCCGCGGCACAGGUAAGUAGUAGAACAGACUGGUGGUUUACUUGCUUUUACAGUUGGGACAAAGUCGUGUUAGCGGCCCAUUAUAUGAGCGUCGUGCUGGUAUCUUCUAGUUCCUUCUAUUCAUCGUUCUCCAUAGUAGUUGUACCAUUCUCAACUGCGGCGAUUCUAAAAAUCAAAAUCUCUCGUCUCGUGCCAGCGUAACGGGCUUAUACAUAGGAUUUAGGAAUUUCAUUUUCAUCUCUGAAAGAAGACGAAGAGGAAGAUGUCGUGAAGUACCUCCCUCGGCAUUUGUUGUUGAUACGUGGAAGUUAGUGUCGAUCAAAAGUUGAUCAAGUGGUUGGAUAUAUAUUUUGUCAAAACGUGGGUAUAAAUUGAAGUUAAAAACGACAUACUACAAGUCCUACGAUAUGAUCUCUGAUCACAACCCCCACAGGCCACUACACCCGUCCACGACCAGCACAUCAGAAGCAACGAACGCCUUCAGCCAGCUGCUCCCUUCACCGACCAGGGAUCUCUCGCAAAACUACUCUUCACCGCCCUGCAGCACCUGCCCAUCGCCUCCUUCGACCUGUACAAACACCACCUGUCUGAGCAGAUUCAGGAGAUGAAAUUGUUCCAAAAUUUGGAGAAGAAGUAUCCGCAAACCUGGCGGAUGCUGAACCCGGCGGUUGCAGGGGGAACACAAGAACAACCCCAACAAGAGAUGACAAGUCCACCUGGUGCAGAUGGGAACAGCAGACGGCCCAGCGUGGGGGAUCAUACCUUGGACACACGAACUCUCGAUCAAGAAACCCCUCCUACUCGACAAACAAGCACGCUGGACGAAAGCAGCACCGUCGUCGGGACAGAGGUACUAAGGACCCCUGCAAGCUUGGGUGAUACACCAGGCACGGGAGCAGGUGGCGGACCGAUGACACCAAACACACCGAACUCGCGCUCCGUCAAGAACGUCUUCGAAGACCGUAUAAUUUGAGAUUUUUUGUUGCGCCGCUCCUGCAUGAGAAAUCUACUGACCUUCUAGCACUUGAGUCAGCAGGUCGAAUUCAAAUUUUCAAUUUGGACACAUUGCGAUUUGCAUGAAAUCCACUGAUGAAUUGCUACUAGGCGAUAGUUUAUUUCCACCGCGUUUAGCCGCUUGCAAGUAUAGUGCAAAAUGUAUAACCAAUGAAUAUUGUAUCACAUCAACAAACAAUAACAACUAAACAGUCCAACGUGGGUUGCAGGCGGCGCAGUACCUCGCUUUGCAGAAAGUCGGAUUAGUCACCCCCUUCACGAAAGCGUUUGACGCCUCCGUGCAGAUUGCGGCGCACUACAGCACCUACGCCCGUCUCCCCGGUCGGAGGAAUGAGCAAGACCAAUCUCCGGGGAAAUUUCUCCUUGAACAGACGGAUCAGCGGAACAUCGUCGUCGUGGAUUUGAACCUCGAGAAACAAACUGUUCUGGUCUAUUUGCCCCGGGAAAAAUACCACGUUGACACCAAAGACGAAGAAGCCGCCGGCGCACGGCAGAGGUGCGCCGGUGGAGCAGCUGGAUCCUCUUCCAGUGCGGCCUCCACCUCCGCAGGAGGACUGGGUAGCCCGCCGGUGCCAAUGCACCGUCGUGCGCAACAGCAGCAAGCCGUUGGUGCUCCUCUUCCCGCUGCCUUCCCGCCACUGCACCGUGAACAAUUCACCCAUUCCCGCACCACCUCGGGCGAGAGCUACAGGAGCUCUGCUAGUCCACCAGACUAUAGUUUGACUCAACAACCACCGGGAUCGCCGAAAAGAUCCGUGCAGAAAAGUCCGGAGGAGCUGUUGGAAGGCGGCGACCCGCGGUUCCAAACGCCGCAGAGGCCAAAGAAAGGAGAACAGCCUCCGGAGGGAAAGAAACCCAAACCCCAGUCCGGGGACAUGUCGGAAUCCACCUUCGCCUGGCGGCAGAACAUCUCCCCCGGCGCUCGCAGCGAGGGCUCGACGGCGUUACCCCCCCAUUCUCCGGAGGAGGAUCUGUUGGACGGAGCCGCCUCUGCUUCCGGGUCGGUAGGGGCCGGCAGUAGAGAUGCUAGGACAUCAGCAAGAAAGGACUCUCGUAGCAGGAAGAAUGAAGUUCCCACUCCGAAAUUCGGUCCCUGGGGCGAAAUAGGGAUCGCCAUGGGGCGAUCCGAGCUCCGGCAGCAGCGCGAGAAACGACAAGCGGCGGAGGCGGCGGCAGCUGCACUAGAACAGGGUCCAGCAGGUGUUGCACCUGCGGCCGACAUAGCUCUGGAAGCGCAGGACAGGCAGUACUCGUUUCGCUGGCCACCGUCACCACCUGGACAAACUCCGCAGGUCGGCGGCCUGGAGGAAGGUCAACAUGAACUCCCCGCGGGACUGCAGUCGGUGACGACGAGUGCGGCAGCGGUGCGCGUUGUGUUGGACAAUCCGAUAGUACAGCCGGUAAUUCCUGAUACAACAGGAGGAGCUUCAUCCGAACAACAGCACGGGGAUGAGCACGUCCCGCCGCUUCUACACCCCGGAGCCUUAUUCAACACGCCUGUUCUCCCCCGAACGACGACCCCACCGCCGGUCGUGCCGGCGGGUCUCUCGGGGGAUCUGGCAGGCGCUUUGGCUGCUCGUGCAGCUCUGAACAACAAUGAUGUUCUUGAGCAAGGCGGAGGUCGAGCGGCUACACCCACUUUUGGAAGCGGUGGAACAGAAGCUGCUGGGACGAGGACCACGAUGUCGGGGAGGUUCUUCUCUCAGACGAGACCAGCCGGACAGGAGGAACACUUAGUCCAAGAAGUAGCAGGACCUCUGGCAGAUGAACCUCUUCCCGUCGUCGCCCCACUUCCACCUCCGUCCACGCCGCGCGCGGCGCGAGCGCCGACCCCGUCCUUCGGGCAGGCAGACGAGCACCCAGAAGCAUCAUCGUCCCUACCAGCCCCGGGCGAGCAGACGCCCCGGAAAAGCAUCCGUGCGCCCUUCUUUUACAGUCCGGAAAAGGACAAGGGGGGCACCCUGGUUGGCCAGCCGUUUACGAACAGAGAAGAGCGGAAAGAGCAGGCGGAGGCCGACGAAGCGCAACAGGCACAAAAUUUGUUCGCGCAACGGGGCGGGGCGCGGGCACAAAAUUUGUUCGCGCAAGUCGGAGGGCGGGGCGGCGCUCCUCCCCCGAUGCCUCCUCCGUUCUCCUUGCCCCCAGGUGGAAUUAGUAUGACGCAGCAGGAGUCUAGCAGUGCGGCUGCUGCUGCUGCUGCUGCAAGGGCACCAGGUGGUUCUACUGGUAGUGCGGACGAGGUAGGUGUUGUUGGUACUUCUAGCAGCGAAGACCAACGAGGACAUUUGAUGCCCACCUCUCGGUGCAGUGCAGCCGCUGAAGUUGACCAACAGGAGCAGCCCGGGGCGACACCAGGCGGACCACAUGUUGAACACGCUCUGGGAUACCAGCCCGGCGGGAAUGGUGACCCGAAUAUUGCGACGUGUGCUGCGGCAGAGGAGGUUGUUGUCGAGCGACCUUCUCCUGGUGCAGAAGCUCCACAGGCCGUGCCUGCAGGAUCAUCCCCCAAGGACUUCCGACUUGUCCGGGACCAAUUGCAAUUGCAGCAGCGAGGCCAGCACCAUCAACAGCCCACGCAAUUCGCCUUUCCCACAAGCGAACUACAACCUGCAGAACCAGGACUAGUUGUGCCGCAGCUGCCUCCCGCCCGACCGGACUAUGCUCAGCAGCAGGAGCAGUCGCGCAGCAUGUUCAACAUUCCCAGUUCUGCCGCUUCGGCCGCCGGCCUCUCCAGUAGUGCGAGCGACGCCGGAGUUGUAGCAGUAAGUGGACUUCGAGAAACGGCUACUUUAGUGGAUGCGGAUGGCAUAGCCCACUAUGGCAAGCACAACGAGCCGCAAGGUACAACGACUCAUGAUCCGCACAAUCAUCGACUACACGACCCUUUUGCCACGCCCGACCGACCCGCGCUCCGGCGCGGGAGAAGUGCAGACAGCAGUGCACUAUCGGGAGCAGCUGGUGCUUCUGCUGUUCUUGGUCAUAGAAGUGCAACCAGCAUUUAUUCGAAGCAAGAGGACAAGGGAUACAUUGCUGGAGAUUUUUGUGAACAUCAACAUGCAAGCGACGGCCAACAACAAGCCGCUGGUAAUAAGCCUAACGGUAGUACCCCUACUAGUUCAACAUCUAUACUGAAGCAAAGAGCCGACAAGCCGCACGGGUUUGCCUUGGAAAUUUCGAUUCGGGAGCUGCGACGCGCGCAACUGAGCGCGUUUGGGCAGGCUGUUAUCAAAAGGAAAAAUCCCCCCUCCCCAUAUCGAAAACGAAAUUUGUGAUGCUGUAUUUGAGUACACAAAUCGACUUGUAAUGCUAGAAGGCCAAGAGACGCAGCUGUGGCCUCGUUUGGUGCAGGCAACUUGUCAUGCUGUUUCCCACUUCCAGCUGCCCCCUGUCAUGCUGGAGACGCAUAGGCUUAUUCCCACGCCAACAAGCACUACAGUCCGCAUCUUUUCCCUUCUAGCAUGACAAAGCUGAUUUGUGACCACAAAUCUGCAUCGCAAGUUUCUAGUUUGAGUAUGGGGUGGGGGGAUUUUUCACCUUGAUAGCUGUUCCUGCCGAAGACGGCUCCUCAGCGGGCAGCACGAUCCAACCCGACCGGCCCGAGGGGGGUUUGCGGUUCGCCCUCCGCGACGGGAUUGGCGUCAUGCGGCAUAAAGUCGCCUCGUUUUCCACCAUCAAAGCGGUAGCGCCACCGGCGACCGCUGGUACUGCGUCCGCAGCUUCCGGUGGUAGUUCACCAUCUCCUUCGCCCUGGGUUCUGUACAAGCGCACCGUUUCCCGUCAGGCGGAGGCUUUCUUGUUUCACAGCGUCCUCCAGCUUGGGGGCCCUGAAGAUGAUCUUCCAACAGGAGCACAAGAAGUUUGCGGUCUGUCGCCCUCGGCGGCUUCCGAGGUCCUGAAGCGGGAGUUGCAAAGGCGGCGGGAGAUGCGGUCGUCGUCGUCGUCGUCGUCGCAAAUAGAAGUAGGCGCCACCGCGGACGCAUCACACCCGCUGGAUUUGGUGCUGCCGAUUAAGGAGAAGCUGAAACUGUACGAGGGUUACCCCGCGCAGAUUUUCCACAGUUACAACCUGAUGUCCCUGGGCGCGGCGAUCACGAAGCAACAGAUGCACGACCAGCUGCUUCACGUGUUGCAGAAAAUUAUAGGCACGAGGAUGGGGGCAGGGGCAGCUCCACCUGUGAGUGGCCCUGCUGAAGGUGGUGGUCCUCUACUUUCAGAAGUUGCAGCAGCAGUCGGCGGGCACGUAGUCGAAGGAGGACGAGGACCAACAGUCGACAACGAUCAUCGCCCCGCCCAUGGUGCGCCGUUAUUAUCUCCCCAGUACCGAGAGGACGACGAGGCGUCUAUCGCGGAAACUGUAGAGCUUUUUGGGACAGCAGGAGACCGACAACGAGCCAUGGAACUCGUCUGCCAGGCGCUGAUCGCCCGGAUGCAGGAUAUGCAUUGCAAAAGUAUCGUACUAGUAUAAAUCGCAAUACAAAUUUCUCCAGAAGGAAAAAUGGAAUUUGUAAUGCUGAUUUCGCUCAGAAACAAGAUUUGUCAUGCAUGAUUGCAAUUAGUACGAGUACGAUACUUUUGCACAGGAUACAGGAAGUGGUGCAGCAAAACCGGCGCCCUGGUGAUUCGUCAGCCACCGGCUCCGCGGGCAACUCGGUUGUGGGACACGCAGACGAUUUCGGGACGAUAUUGCCCCCUGUGGACCUCUAUGCACUGCAAAAGCACCGUAUAUGUUCGUAGUCUUGAUGGAUGCAAUACAAUUACAAAUUAGCUCAGCUGCAUGACAAAUGCAAUUUGUCAUGCUGAUUUAGCUUGAAAAAAAAAAAUUGUAAUGCAUAAAUGCAAUUCGUACGAGUACGACACUUUUGCAAUUCAUAACGUCGACCAAGUGAGGCGUGAAGCUCCACCGCCGGACGUGAAUCCAGAACACGUGCGAGCGUGCCUCGCCGGGCUUGAAGAGGGAGGCGCUGGAGGACCACCACCACCUGUGUUGGCACCUGCACCACCACAAGUUGUACUACAACCUGCACGACCAGCAGGAGAACUACAAGCAGAUGACGGCACCACCUCCGAACGCGGCAGUGUCGACAACCUCAGCGACUUUCAGCUCCCAUCCCCUGCGGUACUACCUUCCAGCCCGUCGCCCCCACGUGAAGAUCCAUUUCCAAGUUCAUCUCGUGUGAGCGAACGGCAACAUGAUCAUCGUCCCAGCGCUGCCCUGUCCGAAGCUGUUGACCGCGCGGAGCGGGCGGGACGGAGGAACCGGUCGAUCGAAGAGGCUGUAGUGCGGAGUCGGGCUGCACAAGGACAGGAAGGGGAAGGGAACGAGCAGCAACAGCAGCUGGGCCGCGUUGACGGAGAGCUGCAGCAGGAGGUGGGUCCUCGUGGUCGUCCUGGCGAAGUACUAGUAGAUGCCCCCCCGUUGCAAACUGCCGAGUGGCGCGAGUCCCUGGAGCCGCACUUGGAGGAGCAACGGCACCAAAGGCCCGCCGUGCCGCACGGAGAUGAAGGUGGUCUAUCGCCCCCACGAACCCCUAGACGAGGCCCUUCCCCGUCCGAGCGGCGGGCCAACCAACUGCAGGUCAGCCCACAGUAUGCGUUGGAAGAGUAUCGUACUCGUAUAAAUGCAUAUACAAAUUUCCCCAGCAUUAAGAAAAAAAAUUUGUAAUGCGUGAAUGCCAGGACUACGAGUACGAUACUUUUGCAUUUCAUACACAGCAACUGCGGACGGACGCGUUCGGCAUUUUGGGAGGAAGUGGCUCUGGCUCACCAUCGCGAUCAGUUUCGCGCACGCCGGACGUAGUGCGACGAAUGCGUGAUGAGGCCGCGCCCCACGAGCACCAGCUGCAGCCAGCAGCACUACAACAACACGGCAGUCCCCUACUUCCACAAUUACAAAUUGACGUCGCUUUGCAGGCGGAGCAGGAGAAUGAUCGGCUUCUUGGGCAACAUCUCGCGGCCGGAAGAUCUGCUUCGCGGGGGCUGCAGGCCCCACUACAUCAUGAAAUUCCGCAGGAUUCAGACUCGACCGGAAGCCCAGCUGCCAGCGUGAGUCCGGAAGACGAGAUGAACCUGGGCAUAGGGGAUGAACAACAAGACGAACAACAACUCGCGGCGGGGGGCAAGAACAUGAAAGAUGAAACCGAGACAACCACUCCAGGCGACGAUGACGAAACCGAUUCCAAUCUGUCUUGGACGGACGAUGAGUGGGCCAUUGAGCCUGAGGUCUAUUGGGAUCCGGAAGACGAUGAGGACGAGGAUUGGGACCCGGAAUACGACGAGGAGCAAGAAGGCAGUGCUGCUGCAGCUGCUCCAGCUCCAGAAGACGUUGAUUCGGAAGAUGUGAACAAAAGCAUCAUGGCCUUCGCGAAGCGAAGGGCACUCCGUUUCGCGGAAAACGAACUGUCGCGCAACGGCGGACCACAAAGUGGUUCUGGUACUGGGGACGAUGAUGUUACAAGUGGAGCAGCAGCUGCUGGACCAGCAGCUUCGGGCGAGGAAGCAGGGCAGCAGCACGUGGCUGCUGGAAGUGCAGCUCUGGACAGUGCCAGUACACUGCCGGCAGCUGGUGUAAAAACCACGCCGAGAGCUGCAGCUGCUAAAGCUAAAGCUCAUCCAGUUGUUGAAGGGCUGCCGCAGAUUGAACUUGCGGAAUUACAAGCAGGAGGACCUGUAGCUCCCGCAGAGGGUGCAGCAGCAGCAGCAGCAGCAGCAGCAUCUCCCGCUGAGGGUGGAAUUAAAGAUGAAGACGUAUCUCCCGCCAGCGGAGGUUCCGACGCGGAACAGCAAGGGGAAUCGGACCUCGAGGAGCAAGACGGUGAUGGGAAGAAGCUUAUGCAUUGCAAAACAAAUAUCGUACUGGUUUAGGUUUACUAGAUGAAAUGGCGUUACUGCAUGACAUAUUUCACUUCUCUUGAUGCCUGAACUAGCAUGACAACUUUUUCAUUGUGCAUGAUCAACUUGUAAAAAUGCAAAAACCUAUCGCAACAUAGUACGAUAUUUUUCCAUCGCAUAAGACUCACGAAGGCGAAGCAGCGCGAGGAAAAGGAGUUUGACGGCAAGCCCGUAACGAAAAAAACGCACGAAAAACGGUUGCGCCGCCAGUUGGAAGAUUUAGAUAAGCAGCUGAUCGAUCCGACAAGCUUCUUCAUCAACUUUUCCACCGACGACGCCGUCAAAUUGAGCAGCGGGCAGGGCGCCUUCAAACGAAGCGGACCGACGAAGAUUUGGUCGAUUCAAGAUCUGAUCUUGCGGGACGCACUGCAGCGGGAUGGCAGCGCGGCGGCGGGACAGGAUGUCGGGGCAGGCGGGGGUCCACCGUCGAGUAGUACCACCGCCAACCUGGGGGGGCAGACGCAGACGAUGACUAUAGUGCAGCCGCCGGUCGCGCCAGAAACUGGAGAGGAACAGGAGGUGGAUCCUAUGGACAUACCUCCAGGUCCAGAGGGCUCCUUGCGCAUCCAUGCCAUCAUAUGGAAGCGUCAGGAUUGAAAUCGUCAAAGUUGAAAUAACUUGUAAUGCAUAAAAUCGAUACCACCUGGAAGCCCAAUUUCAAAGCGGUACAUGACAAAUUUUCCGAGCAGAGGAAUCCAAUUUGUCAUGCUGCUUUGGCACAGACGACUGCUUUUGUCAUGCUACUUUAGCAGCUCUAUUUCAAACCCUAAACAGGCUGACAGUCGGCCUCACUUGCCAUCCCGAGAAGACAGGCACUCCAUGCCUUGCAUUUUAUGCAUGACAAAUCAUUUCAACUUUGUCGAUUUCAAACCUGACGCUUCCAUACAUCAUUGGCGGGCCGUACGCGACGCACGAUGCUUAUCCGAUGCAGAAAAAGUAGUUGUAGUACAACACCCAUAAUUGAGCCAGAAAAAUAAAUAGACUUGUGCUGCGGAUUUGAAUGUGAUCUUCAAACUUGUUCAAGUAGAAAUAGAAAUACCUCAAUUCAUUUAUAUUUUUCUGGUACAACUACUGGGUGCACUACAACAAUUUUUCCGUUUCACAACCCCACUGGCCGGCGUAUCCACAGCUCGGUUACCUGGCGUGGGCAGGGACAGCCGCUUGAUGUGAGCAGCAGUGCGGAAACUUACGAGCCGAUUUCUCCGGAGGAACGCCGCAUUCGGGCGCACGUGUGGGCAGUGGUGCGACAAUUGAUGGCAUUGCGGGAAGAGGUGAACGGAUAUAGAAGUUCUAAUGCAGAUCCCACUAGAAGCACGAUGAACGACGCACAGCAAACUCCGUCCCAGAUCGCCGCACAAGCCGAUGCAGAAGGUCGGCUGCAAGGGUUGAGAAAUCGGAUUGCGCAGUUAGAUCCCGAUGAACGACAGAGGAUCCAGGCAGCGGAGGAAGUGCUUAUCCAGUACGAGGCGCGACGAGAACAGGCACAGCUGCUGCAGGGAGCAGGAACAGCAACUGGAACAAGUGCUCAGCUUCGCACAGACCGCGACGCGGCGGUGAUGGCAGCGGUCCGGGGCACGAGCAGCCAAGGUCCUCGUGAUAGUGGUUCAUCUACUUCUGGAGGCAGCGGUGGUGGCAGUGGUGGAGCGGGGGGAGGAGCUUCUACGAUAGUUCCAGGCUCCGCGUCGUCUGACCAGCGGCAAACUGGCACGGCUGUUUCGACAACGCCUGGGGGUACAACUACACAGGUGCUGUUGCCCGGGGCCGGAACGGGCACUGGUCCAACUAGUGCAGCAGGUACAACUACAGGACCAGGUAGUUCUAGCUCGUUCGGUGGAACAACUGCGAGCGGACCUACAGACGGUUCCGGACAGCAGACGUCGUCCACUCCUGGUGGAACAACGGGAGGAGGAGGUAUGGAUUGCAAAAAUGUCUGGGUCUGGAAGAGUGGAACUUGUAAUGCUGUCUGCGGAUUCUAAAAAUAUCUGUGUUGCGUGAGCAGGAAGAGGAGUCAGCUCUUGGCACGCGGAGAGGGCAUUUGUCAUGCGUAAUAAGCAUCAAGAAGCUCUCAAAAAAUCUGUGAUGCUAGCACCAGCAUCACAGACUUGAUGGGUCAUGCAAAAUGUGCAUGACAAGCCCCGACUCUUCCAGACCCAGACAUUUUUACAUUUGAUAGGAGGAGGAGCUUCACCAUCAACAGGUGGAUCAUCUACAGCGCCCUCAACAUCAGGUGGAGCUACUACAUCGCCCACUGUAAUUUCAGCUGUCGACCCUGACCCACCAGCGACGGUGCAACAACCGCAAACCACUACUGGCCAGACCACCACCACAGGGGGACAACAACAAGGACAAACGACCCCCGAUGAUGAUCUUGAUCCGACAUUGCAACAGGGACAACAAGGUGGAACACACACAACUCCGCAGCAAGGACAGGGAACAACAACACAACAAGGACAAGGAACUACACAACAUCACGGACAACAACAUCAAACACCAGUGCAGCUGCAACCGCCGACCGCUAGUACAACGAACCUGCAUUCUGGCUCCGUUGUUGCGCCGCAGGUACAUAAAUUGCCGCCCCUCACUUGGAACCCGAGUGCGGAGGACUCGGCGGAGUUGUUUUUCUGGGAAGAUGACGUAGACGGAAAAAUGAAUAACACAACGCCAGCUGAUGUUAUUUCCAAACAAAUGAACCCGGGAUUGAAUCUGAACGCGUUAGAAGCCGAUUACGUCCUUGUCAGCCAAUUCGACGGGGAUAAAGCAGCAGACCUGAACCUGGCGCCAGACGUGCACAUCGUGGACCAGAAAAUCGGCCAAGACGAAUUCAUAUCCUGUGCAAAAGUAUCGUACUCGUACUAAUUGCAACCAUGCAUGACAAAAAAUCUUGUUUCUUAGCGAAAUCAGCAUUACAAAUUGCAUUUUUCCUGCUGGGAAAAUUUGUAUUGCGAUUCAUACUAGUACGAUACUUUUGCAAUGCAUAAUUCAAAUUUUUCGUGUACACAGGAAGAACAAACACGAGAAAUAAUCGUAUGAAGCAGCAGCAAAAUCAAAAUGAUCAAAUGAACCUGCAGAACCAGAUGCACAAGAUAUCCUGAGUAAAAACGUCCCCACACCAUAGUCAAAUUGGGGAAUCGGCUAGACAAAUCCACAAGUUUUGGGUGUUUUGCAUGACAAAUUUGGAUUCGUAGUGUAGUGCUGUUUGAGCUAGCUCAGCAGCAUCACAGAUCUAGCAUACCAUGCUGAUUGAAGCAUGACAAAUUGCACAACGCGAUUGGAAAAUGCUUCUCAUGGAGCUCCGCAUGAGAAACAUUUUCAGCAUUCAGAUUUGCAUUACAACUAUGGGGUGGGGACGUUUUUAAAUAGGAUACAAGAAAAACACGUCGGACCACAUGGUCGUGGUUCCACGCGUAUCAAAUGUAAAAAUCCCUGGAUGUCUGGAAGAAUGCAACUUGUAAUGCGUAUUUCAGAACACAGAAAAGUCUCUCAUGCAUAGGUAGGAAAAGCUGCCGACUUUCUGUCACCAAAAUGGGGGAUUUCUCAUGCGGGUUGGGCAUUGCGGAAGCUUCUCAAAAAACCUGUGAUGCUAGAGCUUCCAUGCCAGACCUUCUGUGUCAUGCAAAAACAGCAUGAUUCUUCCAGACCCAGACAUUUUUACAUUUGAUAACGCGAAGAUGGAUACAAAAAUUCGGUGACCGCUGCGCUGUCAAAGACGUGGGGGCAGUUGACGCGGGGCAUUUCCAAUGUGUCGACGGAACCGGAGGUGGACGGCGCUCCACAAGUAGACUCGGCCGAGUCCUCUUCUUCAGAUGAAGGAGCACCGGCGUCUUGGGCGUCGCAAGAAGGUCUAGUUCUUGUGAACAACCAGCAAGCGGUCGUUGAAAUGAAUGCUGGCGGUAGUUCAUCGUUGUACCAUGAUGACGGAGCUCAUCAUCCUUCCGGGAUAAUUUCCAGCAGUAUGAAAACAACUUCGGCAGAACAAGUAGCACAACAAGUUCUUGAACCUUCUUCUGCCUACCGCACGCUUCACAAUAAACCAACUUGGCCGCCGCCGCACAAUUACUUAAUCCGUUACCCAGAAGAGGAGCAGAGUUGGGUGGGACAGAACGCGACGCUGGUGAUCGGGUUGACCCCGAUGGCCGGGGUUACGGUGCUGCUUGUCUGGCUGUUUUUCUACGCGAAGUAG